UUCUGUUCCUGCUUCCUGUUCAAAUUCGGGAAUAGAUAUUAUCCACUGAGCAUAUGAUUUUAUCCCUUUUCAAAUUCCGGACAGUUGUGCAAUAUUAUUAACUGAUGAUAAGUCAGAGAUCGGUUCAAAAACAUACACUGUGGAACACUGUAUUGUGUGUGCAUUGCAUGUUACGUUGUGUUGGAUAUGUGUUAGCUAAGGCUUACAGUCAGCUGACUGAAAAAGUAGUUUUCUCACAUGACUUUGUCAGUCCUUUCGUUACUUCCAUUGGGAUCUGCUGAAUUAGAAAGAGCAAAGCAUAGCGAAGCUCUGGCUGUUGUAACCAGUGCGUUUUUGUAAGUUUGUUGGGCAGGGUGGGCCGCAGUCUCUGGGAAGAUGCCUUCCAAUAAGUCUGUGUCAGAUGCAACAAUAACACAGUUCAUCAACUGUCGGAUCCUGAAGGACCAUCGGCUGCAGAGGGAGGACCUGUGGGUCCGUGAGGGAAAGAUUCUGGACCCAGAGAAGCUCUUCUUCGACGAGGAGGGGUUUGCGGACGUCCGCGUGGACUGCGAGGGCAACAUCCUUGCCCCCGGUUUCAUUGACGUCCAAAUCAACGGGGGCUUUGGGAUCGACUUCUCCCUGGCAACUGAUGACGUCAAUGCGGGCGUGACCCUGGUGGCGAAGAAACUCCUGGAACAUGGCGUCACCUCCUUCUGCCCCACACUGGUCACCUCCCCACCUCACAUCUACCACAAGGUCCUACCAGAGAUCAAAGUUCAUGACGGAGGGGUGCAGGGAGCAGGGGUGCUAGGGCUUCACCUGGAGGGGCCCUUCAUCAGUCUGGAGAAGAAGGGGGCUCACCCUGAGAAGUACCUCCGCAGUUUGAACACGGGGGGCGCCGGUGAGCUGCUGGAGACCUACGGGCAGCUGGACAAAGUCAGCAUCGUGACGCUGGCACCGGAGCUGCCCAACAGCCUACCGGUGGUCAGGGAGCUGGCGCAGAGGGGCAUCACCGUCUCGCUGGGGCACUCGGUGGCCAGUCUGUCCCAGGCAGAGGACGCGGUGAAGCAGGGCGCCAGCUUCAUCACCCACCUCUUCAACGCCAUGCUGCCUUUUCACCACAGGGACCCCGGCAUCGUGGGGCUCCUGACCAGUGACCAGGUGCCCGCCGACCGCAUGGUGUACUACGGGAUGAUCGCCGAUGGCAUCCACACCAACCCCGCAGCCCUGCGCAUCGCACACCGCGCCCACCCUGCAGGCCUGGUGCUGGUGACUGAUGCCAUAACGGCCAUGGGUCUGCCCCCAGGGCGCCACACUCUGGGGCAGCAGGUCAUCGAGAUCGACGGCCUCAACGCCUACGUGGCAGGUACCAAGACUCUCUGUGGCAGCAUCGCAACCAUGGACAUGUGCAUCAGACACUUUAGACAGGCCUCAGGCUGCAGUGUAGAAGCUGCUCUGGAGGCUGCCUCCCUGCACCCAGCUCAGCUCCUGGGCCUCACCCAUCGCAAGGGCACUCUGGACUACGGCACCGACGCAGACUUUGCAAUGCUGGACGAUGACCUCAACGUCAGGGAGACUUACAUUGCUGGACAGCAGGUGUGGAAGAAGAAGUGACAUCAUCGCGCCUUCACCUCGAUCUCCGUUCAGCAGCAGAAAAGUGUGAGCGGGGGGUGGGGGUGGUCAGUCAGCUCCCCUGGGGGCGCCACACCUCACAGGAACCCCACCGGGGAAAGCACAGGAUGCGAUUCCUCGUGGGUCCACCAAAGCAUGCAGUUAACUUGAGACAGACCAGGUCCAUUAUGUGCUGAAAUUACUGAAAUGUCAUACUUUGUACACAUGGUUAUAAGUUUAUAUUUCUGGCCUGUGUGAGUGAGCCAUGCAUGCUGAGUGUGUGGUCACAGGAACAAGGAUCCCUGCAUUAUUGUGAAAUGUGUUUCUGGAUUUUGGGUGGGAACUGGUAGAAAACGUAUCGGAGGACACAACAUGUUUAAGGGAACUGAAAAUCUUUACUUCUGCUAUUGAGUAGAACGGUGGUCCUCACUCCUGGUCCUGGAGAGCUGCAGGGUGUGCUGGUUUUUGUUUUCGCCUUAAUGUCAGCAACCAAUUCAGACACCAGAAACCAGGAGAGGUGAGUUAAUUGUAAUUAACUGCUUUUAUUGAUAAAUGAAAUGCCAUGUAACAACAAAAGCCAGCACACCCUGCAGCUCUCCAGGACCAGGAGUGAGGACCACUGCAGUAGAACCUCAGAGAUACAAGCCUCACUUUCAGUCCGACCCGUCAAUCUAAUGGGAAUUAAUUUAUCCAAAUGUCUCCAUUGUCCUUCAGCUAGCUCAUUAUCACUGACACAAAAAGGUGAGUGUCCACCAGAAACUAGUGAACUUUCCAUUUGAAACCUGCCGUCUUUGCAUUAUUGCAACACAACCCUAUGUGGGAAACUCAACUUGCUAUAUCAUGUUUGAUAUAGAAGGCACAGAACAAAAUCCAAUCAUUUGAGACAAAAGAUUAGGAGAUGCAUGUAUCAUACGAAAGCUGACAUCAAAAUAAAUAUGAAUGAAUUUUCAAAGAUCUUGUUUGCCACGUUUUCGGUUAUUGAUUUUCACUUUCCAAUUCGUAAAGGGUUUAUAUUUUUAAUACUGGUGUAUUUUGGUGGUAAAGUUAUGAAAAGGCUCCAUAUCGAAUGCAUUUGUAUCUCCUUGGUUCUACUGCAUUUGAGAUCCAGCUCUCAAACUCAAACUUUCAGCGAUAUUAUUUCAAUGGGGAUGAAUAUGAAUUAGUGCUUUUCAUCUGACCGUAAAUGCAACAGUGAAUAGGAAAUGGAAGUGAUUUCUUGUAUAAUCACUUGAUUCAAUUCAAUGUGCAUGGUGGGGUUUUUUAUUUUUUUAUUUUUUACAAAUGGAAUUGUCACAAAGCAGCUUUACAGAGGCCCUGGCCUGAAGCCCCCUUGACCGUGCCUAGGGUGACAGUGGCAAUGAAAAACUCCCUGCUUGAUAAUGGAAGAAGGUUGAUGAUAAAAUGCAUGCAACAGAUUGGGGUCUGUUGUGGCACGGGGUCGAUUGUUACUCAAUGUUUUCUGAGCACGAAAUUGGACGUGUAUGGCGGUGUGCAAUGUUAUUUAGAGCAGGCUAGCUUGUUUCUGAUUGGCCGCAUAAAGAUUGGGUAACAUUGGACUCUGUCACAACAGACACGGAUCUCCCCUAAUCAACAAAUGACAGUACAUAGAUGACAAUGACAAUAUGUCAUUGAAGCUGGGCAAGGAUGACUCAUUCAACCUCUACUUUCUACUUUAAGAAAAGGAAGGGGCCAAGUAUUUUCCCAUUUAUUACACUAUUACAGUGCAGUGCUGGAGACAGAAAAAUGGGUUCAUGAUUUCAGUUUAACUCAGGCGUUUUGCAGGGUCUCUUCUGGGCUGUUGCAGCCAAGCCUUAAAAAUGUUAUUUUUGUAUUUUGUAUAAAUCUUAUAUCCAA